AUGGACAAAAAACAACAUUCCAAAUCAAGUGGUAGUGGCUCAUCGUCGUCUAGGACAAGUAAGCCAAAAAUAUUAUCUUCAGCAGCAACGACAGUGCCGAGUAGAAAUGCCAUCCUGCUACAACCCGUUCGUCGGGUUAUACAAAAUUUCCUCCUGAUUUGGUUAGAUGCAACUAUUGAUGAGACAAAAGAUGACUUUAGAAAAUCAUUGAAGCAUUUGCGACAUGUUGUAGCAUCUAUUACAACAUUUAUGGAUGCAGAACAAUGUUUCAAAUUUCUUGAUGAAAUUAAAAAAGAGAAAGUAUUUAUGAUUGUAUUUGGUGCAUUUGGACGACAAGUAGCACCAGAAUUGCAAGUAAUGCCACAACUCGAAUCAAUAUAUGUUUUCUGUAGCAAUAAAUCCUAUCAUGAAGAAUGGGCCAAAACUAUACCGAAGGUGAAGGGCGUUUACACUGACAUCAAGCCAAUUUGUGAAGCACUUGAAAUUGAUCGACAACGAUGUAAUCAAUCAAUGAUUCCAGUAAGCUUUAAUGGUCUGGAUCCUCUGUUCAUGUACACACAAUUAUUAAAAGAAGCACUGCUGGAUAUCGAAAAUGAUAAUGAAAAACCCAUCAAAGAUUUGGUAGAUUUUUGUCGUGAACAAGACGAUAUUCCUGAAGAUCAAAUCGAACAAAUCAAACGUGAAUAUCAUGACCAUCCGCCGAUAUGGUGGUAUACAGCCGAGACAUUUAUGUAUCCAAUGCUCAAUCGUGGACUUCGACAAAUGGAUGCCGACAUCAUUGUGAAAAUGGUUUUUUUCAUUCGACAUCUCCAUAAUCAUAUUAUGGAACUACACCAUGAACAGCAAGGCAGCAUCCCGACCCAAUUCCAAGUCUUUCGUGGACAAGGUUUGUCCAUGGAAGAUUUUGAAAAAAUGAGAAAAAGCAAGGAAGGACUUAUGUCCUUCAACAAUUUCUUGUCCACAAGUCGCAAUCGCACGAUUUCACUCGAAAACUUUGCGCGGCCAGCCGCAAAGAAUGCCACCUCAGUUGGCAUCCUCUUUAUUAUGAACAUUGAUACGGCUGUUUGCAAGCAAUCUUCAACAUCAUUUGCUGAAGUAACCAGCAAAGUUGGCUUCUUUCAAGACAAGGAAGAAGAAACACUUUUUACAACACAUACAAUCUUUCGUAUCGACCGGCUCGAACGAAUUGAAGAAAAUUAUACUGAUCGCCUAUGGCAAGUCAAUCUCACUCUGGUGGGUAAUCAAGAUGAUAAUUUCAAUAAACUCACGGCACGAUUACGCGAAGAAAUUAGUUCAUUAACAAAAGGGUGGUGUCGAUUGGGUGAGAUACUCAUUAGGGUGGCUGAAUUUGAGAAAGCAGGACAUCUCUACGAUAUACUCGUUGACAAUACCUCUUCUGAUCAAGAGAGAUCGGAAUACAAUUUUCAACUUGCUAGAGUGUAUAAAGACAUGGGUGAAUACUCGAAAGCACUUACAUAUUACGAAAAAAAUCUCAUAUAUAAACAAAAAACUCUAUCACCUAAUGAUCCUAGCUUGGCUAGUACUUACAAUCAGAUCGGUCUGGUAUAUUAUAACAUGGGCGAGUACUCGAAAGCACUUUCAUCGUACGAACGAUCACUUGAAAUCCAAAAAAUCGCUCUCCCGCCGAAUCAUCUCGGCUUGGCUGCUUCCUAA